AUGGAUCAGCUUUUUGCACAUAUCUUUGAGCUCACAAAAGAUGAAGAAAAGACCAAACAAAUCAAUGAUCUACAAACGAGUCUUGGAUAUAUUCUAGCUAAUUAUUUCAAUCUCAAGAACGUAUUGUACGAUGCUUUUGGUGAAAAAGUCAAAUCCCUCUUCCAACAGCCUCAUGGAGUAGUUGAUCCUCCUUCUGCUCAAUCACCUCCUGCACCUGAUGAUCUUCCUGUCAACCCUUCUGCUCCAAGAACAACGACAAUCGUCAACAGGUUUGAAAAAGAACCUGAAGGAAGCAGAGCCAGAAUCACAAUCAAGCAGGGAAAAAGAAUCGUAACUACAAAACAAAGCGAAGGCCUUUUAUUCAUGAAAAAUUCUAAUGAAAAUUGCAAAACAAGAGACCCUGUCUUGACAGUAACAGAUUUGGAGAAAAGAAAGUUCGGUGAUGAGUAUGGUGACAGGACAGGCAUCCGAAUGUGGGCCUUUGAUCCAGUGACGAAUUUGUGGGUUGUAAAGCAAAAAUCAGGAGCAUCUGAAUGUUACAAAAGCACCCAUGAUUUCAACUCUUGGACCAAAACUAAUCUAGCUGAAUUAUCCAGGGCCCCAUUCCAUAACCCCUCUGAAGAUCCUAAUGCUUCAAAUUUCAAAAGAUUUCUCGACAGACAGGUCAAAGAGAACUUUCCAUCAAUGAAGACUGCAAAAGCCCUAUAUAAAAAGGACAAAGAUGUUCUUGAUCCAGAAACAGGCGAACCCAUGAAGAUUAUACUCUGGCCUGCAACUAAGAAACAAAAGGAAAUUCCUAUUCCUCAACAUUUUCACGAGGGAUAUCUAAAUGACAUGGAAUUUUGGGCAUAUGAUGACGAAACAGCUACUGCAACCAUCAAAUUCAAGAAUCGAGAACAUGUUCUGAGAUUGAUUAAUGCUAAAGAUCUUCUCCGUUUCAGAGAAAGGGAUAUACGAACUUUGGCCCGUCAUCAAAUCAUUUGCAGAAAGGAUGUCAUGGAAGCUACUGCUAAAUAA